AUGUCAAGCGUCGAAACGAUGCAGGACGCACCCGACGCCGUCAGUUCGGCAGCUAAGCGGGUCAAGACAUCCCACGAUGUCUCGCCGGAACCGGAGACGCGCAUGACCGAGGCUCGCGCGGGCAUCACCGCCUACAUCGCCCCCACCAUCCCCGGGUUUCAGGGCAUCAUCAAGCAGCGUUUCACCGACUUUAUGGUCAACGAGAUCGACCCGUCUGGUGUUGUGUGUCGACUGACCUCGCUCGAGCCGCCUCCCGGAAAACUGCUUUCUCAGCUUCAUCCGUCGUCCGAACCUGCGAAGGCUCAGCCGGAGCCGGAGCCCGUUGCAAAGGCCGAUGAUGGGGCAUGGCCGCUGGGUGCUGAGGAGAAGCUCUCCCACUUCUUUGCGGCGGAAGCGAUCGAUGCACUGAAGGACAUGUGGUCGGCAGGCAGGAUGCCAACGUCCAUGGCCACGGGGGCCAACGCAACCAUCGUCUCUGCAGCAAGCAUCGUGACCAACCCAUUGGAAGACAAGGCGCAGCGGACGCAGGUGCACCAGCUCAUCCGCGAGCUGUUCGGCGGCAAGCUCGCCACCGACUCCCUCCAAGUUCGGCCUCGGGGCGCAAAGGCAGCGGAGGAGGAUGAGGAUGCCCGCGCUAAUGGCGCGAGCAGCAGUGGGUCGACGAGGAUAGCGGUGAGGUGGGCGAAUCGCUCCGACCGACGAGCGGGCGACGGGCUGAGCGAGGAAGCCAACAACGCACCGCCCUAUAUACAUUUCUUGCUGCACAAGACGAAUCGCGAUCAUCAGGAGGCGAUGGGGAUGCUGGCUGAGGCGUUGCGGUUGGGUGGAGGUGGUGGUGGGGGACGCGGGAGGGGGAGGGGGAGAGGUGGGUUUCAACGUGGAGGCAGGGCGCCGACCAAGGUGCUCGAUGUGGCGGGGACCAAGGAUAAGCGCGCGGUGACGGUGCAGAGGGUGUCGUUGCGACGCAAUCGCAAGACGCUCGAGGACGUGUAUCGGCUGGUCAACGGCAUCACUGCCGAUCAUCCCUCGACUAGUAAGAAAGGUAAAGGUCGGACCGUUGUGGACGCAACAACUUCGCGAGGCGAACGAGGCAUUCGCAUCGGUCACCUCUCCUACGCCGAUGCACCGCUCAAACUCGGCCAGCUCAAAGGCAAUGAAUUCACCAUCACCUUGCGCAAUGUUCGCCCCACCGUCCCGACUCCUCCCUCCGACUUCCUCGCCACAAUGAACGCCUCCAUGGCGACGCUACGCGAUCGCGGGUUCAUCAACUACUUUGGCAUGCAGCGUUUUGGUACAGGCUCCAUCCCUACGCACCACAUCGGCAUCCACAUCCUGCGCAACGACUUCAAGGGCGCCAUCACGCUGCUGUUCGACCCGCGACCCCCCUCGACGCCGGACGCGGACGAUGGCGACAGUUCGGAAAUGCGCAAGGCGAAAGAGCUCUACUGGGCGGGCGCGUACGAUGAGGCGUACCACGCUAUGCCGCGUGGGUGCACCGCCGAGAAGAGUAUCUUGGACAAGAUGCGCGGAAGGUGGACCAAGGGCGAUUGGACGGGGGCGUUCGGGAAUGUGCCGAGGACGCUGAGGUUGAUGUACGUGCAUGCGUAUCAGAGUUAUGUUUGGAAUAGGUUGGUGUCGGAGCGGGUGGAGAGGUUUGGGUGCGACAAGGCGGUGGUUGGGGACAUUGUGUUUGCCGACGACACCGGAGACGAUUGGGGGGCUGACGGGGAGGGUGUCGAGGAGAAAGACGACGACGAUGUGGACGAGGACGAUCUGCGAAAUGGCGAGUCCGAUCCCGUCCCCACCUGGCAACGACCAACCCGCGUCCUCACGCAGUCGGACAUCGAUUCCGGGCGCUACACCAUCUACGACAUCCUCAUCCCUCUCCCUGGGUCCUCCAUCACCCUCCCCUCUGGCUGGAUGUCCGAUCUGUACCACUCCAUCCUCACCACCUCCUCCCUCACCCCUGACGACCUGACAUCAUCCAAGAUCCCAGAGUACCAACUCAAAGGCUCGUACCGGCGCAUCCUCGUCCGUCCCACCCACUUCAGUCACCGCGUAACCACCUACACCGACCCAGACAUCCCCCUCACCUACACCGACGAGGAACGCUGUCUCGAUCCCACCCUCACCACUCCCCCCAGCCAGGAGGACGGUGCAUUUACAGCCCUAACGCUCAACUUCCAACUCCCCUCGUCGAGCUACGCAACCAUGCUCAUGCGCGAAGCGCUCAAAUCCGACACGUCCAGCUUCAAGCAUCGCCAACUGACCCAACACAGCGAGGACCAGCAGUUCAAAGGCGCUUCCACCGCUUAG